AUGACAAAUGAGAACUGCUUCGUCCGCAAAUCUAAUAAUGCUGAGAUUGUAUCAUUAUUGCGUUGUACUGUAAAUAGACACUUCAAGUACACUUUUAACGUGCCGAAUGAAGAAACAGAGACGACUGCUAUUUCUAAGGAGUUUCGGCAGGAAAAGGCGAAGUUUGUGUAUUCGAACCCCAAUUACGUUAAGGACGCCCACGUGUUCACUGGGCGUAGGAAUCGCAACGAUUCUUACUACACCAACCUCACUAUCACAACCCUGAUGGCUACUGGUAAUAAUGUCAGUGCUUCAAUUACCUUGCAAAUGAUGUCAGGCGGCGACUUCAGAGUGAGCCAAAAACUGUGCGACAUCAUGAAGGAAGCCUGGAUCGUAAACUUUAUGAGAGCUCACUCGGAUAUAGAUUCCACAUGCCCUUUUCCUCCGGGUACAUAUCACAUAUUCAAUAUGGUAUUGCCACCAAAGAACAUGCCAAUCCCAAUGGUGGCGAGCGACUAUUACAUCAUUCUGGAAAUGUACUUGACGAAGACCAAAGAGCAGAUUGCAAAACUAACAUCGUCCUUACGGUAUGUGGAGACCAAAUGGAAGAAACCGUGA